AUGAUGUAGCGCUCUUUAUCACCCAUUUAACAAAAUGAUGAAGACUAUUUAAAACCUAAAAUCCCCUAACUAACUCAAAAAAUGCCUUAGUUUUGUUAAUAUUACAAGGAAAAUAUUCAAUACCCAUCAUUAAUAUAAACUGUAAGAAAAAAAUAAAUAUUUGAUACAAGAAAUGUUAGCUAUUAAAAUAUUUCGCCUUUAAGAACAAAUUAAAUUCAAUUUAGAGUUUCUUAACCAAAAAGUCCAAUAAUUAGAUAAUAAAUAGAAAUGCCUUUAUAGUCAAUAUCUUAUCUAAUUCCAACUUCAUUGACUCCAUCGAGAAAUUAAAAUUUUAAUUCAAAAAUACUUACAUCUCACACUGUUAUUCCUUAACAUUAGAAUCCAUAAAUUAUUUAUAAAACUCCUCUAAAUGAAUAAACUAAAUAAAAAGUAAGCAAUUUUUCAAAAUAAACAUCAAAUCAUUAGGAUUAAGGAUAAUAAUAAAAAAUUAAGGUUGAACAAUGCGAAAAAGACUUGUAUAUUUGCUUAUAAGACGAAUUAGAAAAGUCGGAAAUGAAAUUAAAAUAAUUAACUGAAAGAAGCUAAUAAAUAGAAGAAAAACGAAAAUAACUUAGAAAUACAUUUAGGAAUAGUUCUAAAUAAUACUAAAAAAGUAAUUGA